AUGGAUUGGAAACAAGCUGCACAAGGAGUAGGCAACCAAGAAGCACCUGAAGUAAGAAAUUCAGAAAAGGAAGAACAAACAUCUCAAAACUCAGUACUACCAGUGAAUAUGGCAAAUAAUUCAGAAGCAGAAUUGUCAUAUGAAUGGCUUUAUGUGGUUACAAAACAAUAUUUCUAUCUUGGCAUUUCCCUUUUAACAGAUUCUGAUUCAUUUAAAGAUUUAGCUAUAAAAAUUGGAAGACCUACCUAUAAGAAACCAUUUCUGGGUGGAUUUAAGAACAGGGUAACAGGAGCUGAAUUUCAUAAUGCAGGAUCGCAAACGAUACCGAAAAAGCUACCUGACAAAGGAUUUCAGAUAUUCUGUAGAGAAACACAGACAGUUUUUGAAAAAAAUAAGCCACAACAAACACCAAAUACAACAUCAACACAGAUGACUAAAAUUGGCCUGUAUGUAUCAACUGUGACUGACAAAUCACUAAGUCCUGGAAAGUAUUUUACAGCAGAAGAAUACCAUAAACGUCGACUUGAGGCCGUAAUAGUAUUACAGAAGUAUUUCCGCCGUUGGCAUUCUAUAAAUAUAGUACAGGAUCUGAGGGAAAGAAAGAGGUUAAGGCUGGAAUGGGAGGCACAAGAAGAAUUACGGAAAAAAAAGGAGAAAGAGGAAAAACUGAGAAGGGAGUACGAGCGAAAAAUGAACCCUAAAACAAAAGAAGAUUUUGAGCUACUCUUCCAUGAUUUAGAAUUAUGGAGGCAGGAGGAGAUUGAACGGAUUAACAGAGCCCUUACUGGAGCUGAAAGAAAGGCAGCACUUUGUGGACUAUUUGAAGAAGAGGAACAGCUGAUUGCUCUCUUUGGUAGAGAGAAACUAAUUGCAGAUGAGGAGAAUCAACAAAAAGCAAUAUUUCGCUUUCUGAAUAAGUGUUCACAACCAAAGAGGUGGAAAGCAUUUGAUGGAAAAAUCACUGAAAUGGAUACACAGUACACAAUCCAUGCCAGAGAGCUAUUUGAACUCUACCGUAACGUUAGCAUGAGUGGCAUCCCAGAAGAUGAGAGAACAAAUGUACUGUUAACACUCAGAGGUGCAGUCAAGGAACAUGAAUGUAAAUUAACACAGGAAAUAGUGGAAUUAAUUGACAGGGAAGUUGAUCUUAUGUCACGAAAGGUGAAAGAUCGCAAUUUAGAUGGACUGAGGAAAAGAAUUUGUACGUUAUUUCUUCAGUAUUUUAAAACUCCAAAGUUUAACCCUCAAGUUGCUAAGAUACUUAAGGUUCCAUCAGAUCCUUUAAAGCUUUAUAAAAAUGUUCACUUCUGUAAUAGCUGUGAAAAUUACUUACCAUCUACUGAGUUUCCUAUUCCUGCUAAUUCCCACACUAUUGGCAAAUGUUACUUGUGUUGCAAGCUUGAAAAUGAGGCUCACCAGCGAAAAGCAUUUUUGAAGUACAGACUUAUCCUAAGAAAUCUCAGAAAGUCUGAAGCUGAUUACGAGGAUGAUUCUAAAGUUGUUUUCUUAGUUCAGCUUCACGAUCUGCAGUAUCUGAUUGAGAACAUAUGGGGCUGUCAGUCAGCUCUCAGUGCCUACGAUGAUGAUUUGGUUAUGGUCAGAUGGGAUAAGCAGCAUGAGUGGUCCCCGUGGAACACUAUUCUCCUCACUGAAGAUGAGGCAGAGGCACACCUUAAGCUGCAUAACCUUCAGGAGACUUAUGAAGCAGCAUUUAUUCACAGAAUAAAAUAUAAGCAUAUCUGGGCAAAAACCUUCUUUGCUCAGAUUCCAGUGAUGGCAUCCUUUUUGCAUAGCAGUGACAAAUCAAGCUAA